UUGACCGGGUAAUCUGAACUGUAUGGAUGAGGAGGCAAGAGAGAGAACGGAGGAGAUCGAUGGAGAUUCGAGAAACAAGGGCAUCUGUGUAUGUUUUUAUGCCCAUUUCAUCAUCAUUCCUCACCCCAUUUCACCUUUUCCGAUUAUCAACCACCCAAUUCCUUCAUCUUUCUUCUGCACUUAUUAUUAACAAGUUUCAAGAUUUCUUCCCAUGGAUCCUCUCAAAAGGCUCGAAAGAGAAUUCUUUACAGAGUAUGGAGAGGCGGGUAGAUACCAACUUCUAGAAGUUGUUGGCAAAGGAAGUUACGGUGUUGUAGGUUCUGCUACCGAUACACACACAGGAGAAAAGGUCGCAAUCAAGAAGAUUAAUGAUGUUUUUGAACAUGUUUCUGAUGCCACAAGAAUCCUUAGAGAAAUCAAACUCCUUCGAUUGCUAAGGCAUCCGGACGUCGUAGAAAUUAGGCAUAUUAUGCUUCCUCCUUCUAGAAGAGAGUUUAGAGACAUUUACGUAGUUUUUGAACUUAUGGAGUCCGACCUUCACCAAGUUAUUAGAGCAAAUGACGAUCUCACACCCGAACAUCAUCAGUUUUUCUUGUACCAACUCCUUCGCGGUCUAAAGUAUAUUCACUCGGCUAAUGUAUAUCAUAGAGACUUGAAGCCGAAAAACAUUCUUGCUAAUGCUGACUGUAAAUUGAAGAUUUGUGACUUUGGACUUGCCCGGGUGUCAUUUAAUGAUGCACCAACAGCCAUAUUCUGGACAGAUUAUGUUGCAACCCGAUGGUAUCGUGCUCCUGAACUCUGUGGCUCCUUUUUCUCUAAAUAUACUCCGGCCAUUGAUAUUUGGAGCAUUGGAUGCAUAUUCGCCGAAAUGCUUAUGGGUAAACCGUUGUUUCCCGGAAAAAAUGUGGUACAUCAGUUGGAUCUCAUGACUGAUUUGCUGGGCACCCCUCCUCCCGAAACCAUUGCUAGGAUUCGCAAUGAAAAGGCAAGGAGAUAUCUUAAUAAUAUGCGGAAAAAGCAGCCCAUUCCUUUCACACAAAAGUUUUCUAAUGUAGACCCGCUGGCUCUUAAACUUCUGGAACGCCUACUUGCAUUUGAUCCCAAAGACCGUCCGUCAGCUGAAGAGUCACUAGCCGAUCCUUACUUUAAUGGCUUGUCAAAUGUGGACCGAGAACCAUCCACUCAGCCCAUAUCAAAACUUGAAUUCGAGUUUGAGAGGAGGAAACUGGGAAAAGAUGAUGUUAGAGAGUUAAUUUAUCGAGAGGUUUGGUUAUCAAUAAAUAUUUAUUAUUAUUAUCAUGUUUAUGUUAACAUUAAUAUUUGUCAUAUACAUAACCAGAUCUUGGAGUAUCAUCCUCAGAUGCUACAAGAGUAUCUACGCGGUGGUGAACAAACUAGCUUCUUGUACCCGAGUGGGGUCGAUCGGUUUAAGAGGCAAUUUGCACAUCUUGAAGAGGGUAUGGGUAAAGGUGGAGGUGGAGGUGGAGGUAGUAAUACCACUCCACUGCUAAGGCAGCAUGCCUCACUUCCAAGGGAGCGCGUUCCUGCACCGAAGGAAGAUGAUGGUUCUCAAGAAAACGACCCAGAAAAACAAACUUCAGAUGGUGUUGACAGUUCCCGUAGCUUGUUGAAGAGUGCGAGUAUCAGUGCUUCCAAGUGUAUAGGAGGAAAAGGAACACGGGAGGAAGAACCUGGCGAAAAUAAACAAGACGAGCAGUAAGAGACGAGCUCUUUCGUUCCAAGGGUGGAAAUGCAAAAGACAUUACACAUUAUAGUGAUAAAGAAUGUAAAUUUCUUACAUAAGCGACGCAGUCCGACAUGUUUUUUGCGUGUAAAAUGAGGGAAGAACUUGUUCCUCAUUUAGCAUUUGCAAAACCGUGCUAAUUGUGAAAUUUUGUCAUGACUCAUUAUAGUCAAAAUUCUGGUCGAUUUAAGGCUCGAUAAUACAUAACUUAAAAAUAA